UCUAAGGAUGAGGGAGGAAGCCUUCCAAUUUGAACUUCGAACCCAGGCUGUGGUUAUAAAGUGGCCACAAGCAUUGCUCCUGCAUCAUUAUGUUAGGCACGCUUUUAUUAUAACGUAUAGACAGCACAAUGGCAGGCCUACACAACUUUGUUCAGUUUGGAUUACUUUUGUUUCUGUCUGUGCAAUGGACUUGGGCCAUUAUUCCAGAGCAAGAGCUUCACCCGUGGUACUGGAACGAGAUGGGCCGGGAUGCUAUAGACGUGUCCCUCAGAAUGACCCCCAUCGUGGGCAAGGCCAAGAACCUCGUCCUCUUCCUGGGAGACGGAAUGGGAGUACCCACGGUGACCGCUACCAGGAUACUCAAAGGCCAGUUGGCGGGGUUCAACGGGGAGGAGACCAGCCUGGCCAUGGAUACUUUCCCGUACCUGGCCUUGUCCAAGACGUACAACGUGAACCAGCAGAUGCCGGACAGCGCGGGCACGGCCACGGCGUACCUGUGCGGUGUGAAGGCCAACUACGGCACGCUGGGCGUCUCCGCUAUGAUCGAGCGAGGGAAGUGCAGCGGCAACGCUGACAACGACGUGGUGUCCGUGCUCCACAGAGCCAAGAUGGCAGGGAAGUCCGUGGGCAUCGUCACCACCACCCGCGUGCAGCACGCGUCCCCCGGGGCGAACUACGCCCACACACCCGACCGUGGCUGGUACAGCGACAUCGAGCUCCCCGCCGACGCCGUUAGAAACGGCUGCCGCGACAUCGCCUGGCAACUGAUCAAGAACACAGAAAUAAAUGUCAUUCUCGGAGGAGGGCGUCAGUACAUGUUCAGCAACAUCACAGCCGAUCCAGAGUAUCCAACAUACUUUGGAGAACGUCGUGAUGGGAAGGAUCUCGUCCAGGAGUGGCUUCAAGGAAAGAAGAAUGCCAAAUAUGUGGUGAACAAGAAGGGAUUGGAUGCAGUCGAUGCUUCAAAAACAGACUUUCUAAUGGGUCUGUUUGAGCCCAAAGACUGCCAGUAUGAGUCUGAACGUGACACGACCACUGACCCCUCGCUCACGCAAAUGAUGGAGAAAGCCAUCAAGAUCCUCAAGAGGAACCCAAAAGGUUUCUACCUGUUUGUGGAAGAUAAGGGGAGAAUCGACCACGGUCACCAUGACGGUAAUGCCCAGCGAGCCCUCACCGAGGCGGUGGAGUUUGACCGGGCCAUCGAAAGGGCUGCCCAGUUGACCAGCGAGAAGGACACCCUCACCGUGGUCACGGCCGAUCACUCCCAUGUCUUCGCAUUCGGGGGACAUUCUCAGCGGGGGAACUCUGUUUUCGGUGUGUCCCGAGAGUUGGCUACCGACAAGAAGCGCUACACCACCGCUGUCUAUGGGAACGGACCGGGCUACCAGAACGGCAUCCGGCCAGAUGUCAACGCGACCGUUGCAGCUGAACCAGAGUACCGCCAGCAGGCCGCCGUCCCGAAGAACUCAGAGACGCACGCCAUCGAGGACGUGCCCAUCUUCGCCAAGGGCCCCAUGGCGCACCUGUUCCACGGGGUGCAGGAGCAGAGUUACAUAGCCCACGUCCUGGCCUACGCCGCCUGCCUGCCGCCCUACGAGAAGUGUGACCUGGAGGACAACCACUCUGUGUGCCUCCACCCCAGCUCCGUGCUGGUCCUCAUGAGCCUCCUUCUAGCCCUCGUCUCCUCCUCCCGCUCGGGCUAGCUAGACGCGCGCAUGCGCGGUCUGUAGUUGGUCCGUUUUGUGAAUAAAUUAUUUUUUUAAUUCUGUAAUUACCCAGCGCUAUGUUGAACACUGUAGGGAUCUGCGCACAGUCUUGGUUCGAUGAGUCGGGGGUUAUUCACAGUUAUGUUGUUCUUUGUUUUAUAUUUUUGCUUUAAACUUUGUUGUAACAUAGUGACGUGGUUACUAGAUUCCUAGAAUGAAAUCGUGACUAGAGAGAGAGAGAGAGAGAGAGAGAGAGAGAGAGAGAUGAUGACCCAUCCUGGAGUUUAGC